AUGGAUCGUGUCGUCACGCCUUGGAGGUGGUGCGAGGAGGUUGUGCCACCCGAACCAGAGAUCUCGACGGCGGCAGUUCCGCCGGUGGUUGAUGAGCCUCGCCCGGUGGCGCCGACGGCCAACCUGGCGGUCGUCCACGUGCCGGCGAGCAAAACGCUGUUCGUGGUUCGGGCGCCGCCCUCGACGCAGCAAAGCGUCGUAGUGGCCCAAGAGGUGCCACACGUCAUCAAGGCACCGUUGUCAACGCCAGAAGUGACGGUCAACAUCAAACAUGGUGUUGCGCACGUCGAGGCGGACGUGGACCCUUGGACGGCAAUGGUCCUGGUUUUUAUGGGCCUUGGUGGGGCAGGAGCCACUUCUUUGGCUGUAUUUUUGGUUUGGCUCGUGAAGUUCAUCAGGAACAAGUCAUCGUACAUGCGGGAACUGGUGCGGAUGCUGACACCGGAGGAUCAGCAGGAUCCGGAAGCCCAACCAGUGGUAGAUCUGCUGGGGCUGGAACAGGCGGAUAAACCCGUCGAAGAGAAGAAGGAGGAAGAGCUGCCGAAUUCCUUUUCAGAAAGUGAUCAGCGAAUGGAUAAGAUUCCUGUGGAGGAGUCCAUCUCUAAUCUAGGAUAA